UGAGGCUGCGUUCAGUCUACCUCGAGUGUGCUGAGAGUACAGUGGGAGAAACAGUAGAGGAGUUUCACAAUAAUUCCUGGUGACAACUGAAAGAAGCCUGUGAAGGUGCAUCAAAUCAAGUUUCCCUCACAUAUGAACAUACAUGGAUGACUUGGUUGUUGAGAAGCUGGGAAAGGCUGUCAAUGGUGGAGAGAAUGGGACGAGUGGUGCCCAUUCACAGACGGACCUGCUCAAGCUGCUGGCCGGGGGCAGUGCUGGGGGUCUCGGGGGUUGCCACGGGGGCCUAGGGGGCCUGGGGAGCCUGGCCGCUGCUGCGCAGGCCAGACAGAAUGGCAGCUUGAUGCGGCCUUAUGAGGCACUGCUGCAGGGUCCCUCAGCAGCAGGCAGGAUGGGCCCUCAGGCAGUGGCCAUGCCUGGGCCCACACGCAGACGCAAGAAGAAGAGGCGGAGGCAGCCUGAUAUGCCCAAGAAGGCCUGCACGCCCUUCAUGCACUUCUGCGCCUACUUCAAGCGAAAACUGAUGGAGGAGGGCAAGGAGUUCCCACAGUUUGCAGACUUUGGCAAGCGUGCUGGGGAGCUGUGGCGCAACAUGGGCGAUACUGAGAAGCAGAAGUUUGUGGAGCUUUCAGAGCAGGACCGGCAGCGGUACAUCAAGGACAUGAAGGAGUACGAGGAGCGCAAACUUGCAGAGAAGGAGCGGGAGCGAGAGUUGCAGCAGCAGAGAGAAAAGGAGCUGCAGGUGCUCCGAGAGAAGGAGCUGGAGAAGCUGCAGAAACAGCAGAGGGAGCAGAUGGAACAGCAGCAGAAGCAGAUGGAGCAGCAUCACAAGCACCAGCAGAGCACUGGCAUGCUGAACCUGCUGAACCCCCUCAGCCCCCUCAACCCACUGAUGAUUGCAGCCAUGAACCAGAGCAUCAUGCAGACUAUGCUCACCAACCCAGACCUCAUGAAGACCGUCUACUCGGAGGCUGCCCGGAACUACUACGUGGAGACCAUGAAGAACCUCUACCAGAGUGCCAGCAGCCAGGCCAACGGCAAUGCCAGCGCCGCCUCCGCCGGCGUCCACGUCAGCACCAGCGGCGCCCGGGGCCUGGGUGAACACCAUGGCAUCACCACCAGCCCCCUCAGCACCCUGGGCAUGAACCUCAACCUGCUGUCCCUGCUGAACUCUGGGCAGCUGUCAGCAGUGCCCUCUUCUACCCCCACCUCCACAACCACCACCACCAGUGCUAGCUCCCCCCUAGCCAACAAGGCCCCCUCUGCCCUCAAGGCCCCCCCCACAUCCCUCCUAAGCACCACCAACAGCCUGUCCGCGGCAGCUCUGGACCUUUCAGCAGCCAGGCCGGGCGAAGGCAAGGCUGCCUGUAAUAGCGAUGAAGAGGCGCCUGAGGACGCGGAUUGUGACAUCUGAGACACAACAAACCCAAAGUAGCAAAAAGUUCCUAUCUCCAGUCAUUAACUUCCCAAAUAUCAUUCAAACUGCACUUCAUAAAACACAAGCAAGCAAACACAAGAACCAAGAGACCUAUACUUUGCCUAUAUGAGUGUAGUUUGUAAUGUGCAAAUCUUAGAGUGAGUUUAGCUUCUGUAGAACAUCUGUGUUGUUUCAGUAUACUAUUAUAAAAAAUAAAUCAAGUACAAUUGCCUUUGGAAAAGAAGAAAAAGCAAAGUGAAGUAUUAUGCAUGCAAAUAAUUUUUAAUAAUAUAUAUACUAUAAAGACGCUGUGAAUUCUUAAGAUAUAACACUGCGUGAAGGUGUGGCUGUGAGGACGCCAUUCUCUGGCCUCUCGAUACAUAAGUACCGACCAACUCCUCUGACAAGUCCAGACGGCCAGGUGGACGGGACAAGAGAGAAAGAGAGAGAGAGAGGGAGCAGCAAGUGCAGACGCCAAGCAGGCAGGCAAGCACUCAGCGAUGGAAGAACUCACACCCAACUCGAUGGAUCUGCGUGAGUUCCACUCGCAGGAAGGCGGCAUCACCCUCUACUACCAGAUGCUGACACUGGCUGGCAGUGUGUACAUCUGGGUGGGCACCGAGGAGGCCAAGUUGGGCUCCCUGGUAGCGGCCUUUAACCCUCGCGUGGGGCCGCCCGCCACUUCCUCCCUGCUGGGGCCGGUUGCAGAGGGCAGCCAGCGCACCACCCUCAUGGCCCAGCGGCUGCAGGAGCGCAUCAAGAAGCACGUCCUGCUGAGCGUCAACGUGCCGAGUGAGGAUCUCAUGCUGGGUGUGGAGCAGCGCUUGGUGGAGGAGCUCUGUGUUGCAUGAAGGCCCGGCUCACCCCUCCCUUUUUCCUUCCCUCCUUCCUCCCAGGCCUCAGUCUUUUCCCUAUGUCUUUUCAGUUUCCUGUUUCUUUUUAAUUCUUAUCACACUUCCUUAGUGUUAUGUACAUUCUCUAACUUCCUCUGCUGUUUUGGUUAUCAUCUCCAAGUAGCUUUCAUUGGGUAAGUUAGUUUUGUCUGUCAUCAGUUCAUUUUUCUAUCCCCUCUGUAUUUCAAUUGAAGUACUAACAUAAUUUUCUUUAUUGUCAAAUGUCUCUGGUUUUUCCCUUCCCUUCCCCUCCACUUCUUUGCUAAGUGGGAAGUCUUAAUCAAGCAACCCGAUUAGCAUUAAGGAAAGCUUUUGAAAUGUGUCUGAUCCUGACUUUUCAAGAAUCACUGAAGUCCCCACCUACAUUUAGAGAGAGAGAGAGAGAGAGAGAGAGAGAGAGAGAUUCAUGUGCACCUGAUACAAUGUUUUUUUUUUCUUUUCAAAAUUCUACGAGAGUGAGAGUUGCAGAUGCCCUGUGAGGGUUGAGAGGUAGUGGUAAAUGUGUGACUGAUGCAGCAGCUGUAGAUGGAGCGCCUGUAACUAUAUUGUACAGAGUUAUACACCCACUCUAGAGCUAUAUUUUUUGAUAGGAGAGCUAGCUAUUCAUAUACAUCUUACCUAUCCCUUUCUGGACUUAACAAAGGAAGAAAAACAAACUAACAUGCCUUAGAAAACAAAGUACCAUUCAGUCUCAUUCAGAAUCACCUAAAUGACAACAAACAAUGCCAUUCAUAAUCUAUCCCAUUCUUGGAUCUAGCCAUCUCACUUGUGGCCUCUCAGCUGCCCAUUCAAGGCCCCCAUGCUGUGAGUCUUGGCCUUGGUGCACACAGACCACCACCACCAUCACCACCACCGCCACCACCAUCACCACUACUAUCACCUGCUGCCAGAGGAAUCCAUCUCCGCUACCCUGCCCAUCGGAGGGACCUCGUAAGCACCAGCCAGCUCCUGCCCCACGUGUCGCCUGGUGCUGCGUGGGCGUUGCGUCCCUCCCACCCCUCCAGCACUGGGGCGGGGCGGCUGUGCAUCAUUGCCUUCACAGCGUACAGCUUACCAGAUUCUUCCACUACUGCCGGAGAAAUGGCCGACAGUUGGUUGCACAAGAGGUAUUCAGUCCACAGGCUUGGUGGUGCAAACAAGUGAUAACUGAAGAAUGAUAAUCGUAUGUACUCUUUAUCAGGGUAGAUGUUAAGUUCCUCCUUAUUAUUAUUAUUAUAAUUAUUUUAAAACAGAUUUUGUAAUCUCCUUUUAUAGAGGUAUUGUUUAUUUUUAGAAAUUCUGUAUAUUUGUCCUAUGCAAUAGGUGGUAUUGAAAGCCAGCAGUCUUUUUGCUUCCCGAUUCGUAGUGACUACCUCACAGGUGAUAGAUUAAUGAAAAGACAUUCCUUCCCUGUAGCCCGUGAAUUUUUAGGCAGCUCAGGAAACACAGGGGGGCGGCAGGGGGGGUGGUGUGAGGACGGACCAGUGACCACCCGAUCUCUUUUUAUAACAACAUAACCAUCGGGAAAAAACACAGCGUCGCUCCUGGCUCACGCCCUUCAGGGAGGAGCAUGUUCCUGCGCGUCUGUGAGCGUCUGUCCCAGCAGCACCUCCCCGGUAGCCCCCCACUCCCGCCCUCCCUCCCCACCCGACCCUGGACCAUAGACCCGCCAUACACUGACCCCGUGCCACCUCGCAAACCCUCGGCCAGCGCUGGGCGUUGUGGAGGCCGCGGGGGAGGCUCCGCCGGGCUGCCGCGCACGGAGAAAAAGUAUUAUGGAGAGUCUUCCUUGCGCGCUCCGGAGCCUCGCCCGCGGCCGCCCCUGUGCCAUGGAGAGAGAUGCGUGAUGCAGUAGCAGCAGCGGACCGUCGCGGCGGAAGACCCUCGUUUAUCAGUAUUAUCAACGGCUUGUGAUAAUAAGGCUACUUAUCUCGCCCUCUGUUAGGAGUCUCGUUCCUGGUCUCGCCGUGAUGGUCCCUCCUCCCCCCAGUGCCGGCCGCCUUUCCCUCCCCUUCCCCUUCCCCUCCCCCUCCCCUUCCCCCUUCCCCUCCUAUUCCAUUAACAGUCCCCCGUACCCUUCACUGUUCCCUCAGUGCUGUCUUGGUGUGUAGGAGCAGUUCCGUCCCAGCUGAUGCAAAACAAGAACGGUUUCCUUCGUUUCUUGCAAUCUCGUGGCUUUGUUAUGUCACGGUUUGUUUCGUCGGGUGUUGGCUGGGAUGUAGUUAUGUUUCAGUAUUGUGCUUGUAUCUUCCUCUGCCUCCAUCUUCUCCGUUCCUCCUUUUCCUCCGAAUCCAAGGCCACCCCUUGGCGGCCUGCACGUGAGACACACUCUUCCCCAGCUUCACGUUACGUCGUCUUCACGUCGCCUCAGGGCACAGGUUUCGCUCCCCGGUAACGUGGGUCCUAAGGUUCGGCCUCCCUCGUCCUCGCACACUCGUGAUACGUUAGUCUCUAGUUGGUUCCUCUUAUGCAAUCAUACGCGAUAGAUUUCUUUCCUUUAUAAUAUAUUUGCCGCUUGCGUCUCCCAGUGGUCACACCCCGCCCACAUCAGGAGGAUGUGGUCGGAGGUCGUGGCGUCGACGACAAUCAUUACGUUUGUCAUUCACACUCCCGUAGGUUUAACGCCGAGUCAGAGAAAUUGUGAUGCGGGUGUGGUGGUGAAAUCGACCCCCUCACCCUUACCGACUUUUCUAGUUGGGUGCGAGGCGCCGCGGGAGGCCCAUCGUGCAGUGUGAUAGUGUCAAAUGCUAGUCUGACGGCGGGGAGCGUAGCCUCGUCCCACCACCCUCUACCUCCUGCCCAGUGUGUCCCGCCGCCUGCUUGCCCUGUGCCCCACGCCGAAACAAUGUGAAGGAUAUUUUUUUGAGAGUACCGAUCGGCGUGCGUGGCGGGGCGGUGGGCGGUUUGGCGCCGCGGUGGGACCGAGGCCAGCCGAGGUCAAGCCGCGGCGCUGGACACUAACCAUUCCUACCAGAGCCCAGGCCCGCGAGGGUCUGAGGCAGCCAUGUAGCAACCCAAGUUCCUCGCCUAAACAGGUUCCUCUCCCCUACAGUAUCCCGCCCCUUGAGCUCCACCAGUAUUUUAUUUUGCACUCUUUGUGCCCAAUUUCUUGUACGAUAAGCUGAUGCCAGACUCCAGUCACGGGCGAGCGGCAGCCUUCCGGCUCGGCCCUGCGUGGCCAGCGCGCGAGGCCCCACGGCGGGAGGCUGGCGCUGCGUCUGAUGGUCUGAACACUUAGAUGAUGCCAAUACGAUGCAUGAAUGGGAUAGCAUUAUUUUCAUAAUGGUUCCGAUUGAAUACCUUGAAGGUAUUUCUUGGCCAAGUAUUUAACAUUCCUUUGCUUACACAAGAAGCAGGUAAAGUGCAAAUUUUUUUUUUCAUUCUCUUAACUAGGAGAGAAUCAACUCCUUCUGCUAUGCACAAGUUAAUACUGCACAUUGGAGCAUUUGGCACACAUAGUAUAUCGAGGUGGGAGAGUUGCCUCCUGUGAUAGGCAUUUGUUUUUCAACUGAUGUACUCGCAUGUGCGUGCCACGGACCACCCCUGGUGAGGUAGAGCCUUGGCUGACGGCGCGGGGGCGGGGCCGGCGGGCGUCCCCCGCUGCGGCCCCGUCCCCGCCAAGGGCCCAGCACAGUGCCUAAGGGCCUGCCCAUUAUGCAAACAUAUUUUGAAUUAAGCAAAGCAAUAUUAUGUUUUGUCUAUUGCUGUUAUUGGAGACAAAUGGUUAUUCUGUGAAUUUUGAACAAAAAAUAGUAAUCAUUUUGUACAUGGUAAGAGAAGACUAGAAGCUGAAAUUAUUCACUAGAAAAUUAUGUGCUAUUUUUAGAGAGUCUCUAGUUUGUGUACUUUGUUAUAUAUCUGGAUGAUGUAGUCUUGUACGAGGUGUAUGAAGUGUAGGGUAACGAGAGUGUGUCGUGAUCAUAGGUAGUCUAGGCGGAACAAGGUAGGGGCUAGACAGUGCUGAACUGAUAUAUAUGCAACCUGUAGUUUGAAAUACUCGAAAAUAAAGAUCAGAUCAGACAAA